ACAUCAGCUAUAAUAGAACAAAGGAAAAAGAGGCCAGCUUGGCAUCAACUUGGUCCCAGAAUCCUCAUUCUCUAGCUAGGGCACUUCUCAAUUUUUUAUCUUAAACACUCUGAUUAAUCAAAAUGUCAAAAUGUAUGAUUUGUUCAGAAAUUGCAUAGAUUUGGGAAGAAUUCUUUUUUUCACUUUGGUCCUUCCUUUUAUUCCCAAGCAUUCUUUUCCCGAGAGCGAGAGAGAGAGAGAGAGAGAGAGAUUAAAACCCCCAAAGGCGGAAGAAGUCGAACAAGGUUUAUGUAUCAUAAUUUGUUAGAUGACCGGAGGAAAAGUUCCAAUUGAGAGAGUUGGUCACACACAUUAUAAGACCGCUGAAUGUACUAAGGAAAAGAAGAGAAGCAUCAUACUUUCCCUUCCUGUAGAGAUCAUAUUCAACAUCCUUGUUUGGAUUCCGGCCGAUAUUCUUUACAAUUCAAUGAGGUAUGUUUGUCGGCAGUGGUAUAACAUAGUCUGUGACCCUGUUUUCAUUCAAGAACAGCUGAUUCAUUCUAGUGUUGGCCUGAUCGUCGACAACAAUGGUAGUGCGCGUACUCAAUACUUCGAGGUGGGGAAAAUGAAUGCUACGAGGUCGAUAGAGUUGGGAUAUCCAUUUCGACGUCGGAUUGAUGCUACAUGUGAUGGUCUAGUACUGUUUACAGAAGGGCAGAACAGGAUGGUUCAUGGGAAUCAUGUUACUAAUAAUCAAGCGGUAUGUGUUGCUAAUCCUCUCACAAAGCAAAAGGUAACUCUUCCACCACCUCCACCUGGUUGCCGUCCGGCUCAUUUUUAUUACUCAUUAGCAUGUUCUCAUUUAGCAAGAGAAUAUAAGGUUGUGUUCACCUGUUUGUCCCACGGGUGCCAAUUCUUCGAUUGGAUGGUAGUUACUGUUGGAAAAGAUCAAGCAUGGAGACUGAUUGAUAGUAAAAAGUUAUCUGAUCUUGGUCGAAAUUACUCUCCUAAUAUUAGACUAUCUACUGUCGGAUUUCUUUAUCUCAUUUACAACCGGUAUGCUUCAAUUGUUGCUUUGGAUGUACAAUCUGAAACAUUUUAUGAGUUUCCUGGCCCAACAGUUCCACAUAGCAGUGAUAAAGAUGCUGUCUCUUACCUAGUUAGGCGGAACUAUCUUUCUUGUAUAGUUCGGUUAGAAUCUGGAACCAUAUUGAAUGUAUGGGAAUUGUCUGAUCCCAUAAGUGGCGGAUGGAGGAAGCUCUACACGUUUGACUUUGAUGUUCCGAAAUAUAAAUCAAGCGGCAUGUUCAAGGGCUGGUUUUCUCGGCGUGCUGAUUUUAUGUGUUUCCUGCCAAAAGCUUGGGUGAACAAUGGGCAAGUGGUAGUCUUCCGUCUCUUUCACAACCCAGGCCCCUUUAUCGCUCACAAUGUCGAGACUGGAGCGACCUUCUUAAUUGGAAGCCGCUACCUGGAUUCACUGCAUUCCGUCUCCCAUGGUUAUGCCUGGAGCCUUGUCUCAUUGUCACCAAUUUAACAGUGCUAGUGAACGGUAUACCAGCCAAUUCUGGGUAUUUUAUUAUCUGCGCUAGCAUUAUGUUGCACUCCUUGUGUUUGUUAAUCUGAGACUGUAACUAUGCUCUAAAACAGCUUACCAUCAUUGGGCUUGAUUAGCUCUUGUAAUUGCUGUAGAUAUAGAACUUCAGAUUUACAUGCCUUCCCUGUAUUUGUCCGUAAUUCAAAUCAAAUGAACAUUAAGUCAAAAA